ACUUCAUCUUAAGUGACUUUUUAUUCAUAAUGUUAGGACCACGGUUUAAUAAAGUUUUUCGAAUUAAUCUUUUAUCAUGUCAAAACAAUUUAUCCAAUCCUCGUUAUUUAAUUCGGAAACCAAACACUUUGUUUCUUUUUACAAAAAUAUCUCUUGGACGAAAUUAUUCUAGUGAAGCAGAAUUACGAGAUUUACGAGAAACUUUAGAACGUAUUGAUCCUAGAUAUGUUCCAGACUUUGACUUUGGAAUAAUUGAUCCCUAUUUCAAACCAUUACAAAUGCCAUCUAUUUUUUCUAAAAAAUAUUAUCGAAUAUUAUACGAAAAUUCAAAGAAUACAUUUAAAAAUUUCAUGUUUGGUCUUAAUAUAGCAUAUUGUGAAAGAAAAUAUUCCGAAUAUAAAGAUAAGCCCGCUGAAUAUUGGUCACCAAAAUCGUUUAAAUCAAAGGCUUUGAACCUUUAUGUUGAAAUGAAUGAAAAUUAUGCAUCGAAAAAUUUAAAAGCAUUACAAAAUCUUGUGGAGGAUCGAAUGUAUAAUAAAAUUAAAUAUGAUUUGAAGCAUAGAGAAGGCAAAUUUAUAUGGAAAUAUCAUGGACUUGUAGAAAAACCGAAAUAUAUAAACGUUCGAUGUAUCCUUGGGCAUACGCGUUCAACUGGAAAUUAUCUAGUUCAAUUGACGAUAAAAUUACAUACUAAACAGAGUGUGGGAUUAUAUAAUAAAGCAGGUAAAUUGAUUGCUGGAGACCCAAAGAAGGUUAAGGAUGUACUUGAAUAUGUUGUAUUUCAACGUAAAAUGUGGGAUAAGAGUAAAGGGUGGACUAUUUAUGGAUAUUUUAAUGAUAUUAAUAACAAUUUACUUACGCAAACUAAUACGCAAACUAAGAUACAAGAUGUUUAAUUAUAUAUUCAUGAUUAUACUAAAAAAAAAAUUUACACUAAAAGAAUAGUUAUUAUGACAAAAUUCAUUAUUUAAAUUUCUCCUAC